GAAUCACCGGAGCCCAGCAGAAGGUGCUGCAGAAGUUGGGGAAAACUGUAGAAACCAAAGAUGAGCGAUUUGAACAAAGUGCCAACAACUUCUACCAACAGCAGGCAGAAGGCCACAAGCUGUACAAGGACCUGAAGAACUUCCUUAGUGCUGUCAAAGUGAUGCACGAAAGUUCCAAGAAAGUGUCAGAAACCCUGCAGGAGAUCUACAGCAGCGAGUGGGACGGCCAUGAGGAGCUGAAGGCCAUCGUCGGGAAUAAUGAUCUCCUUUGGGAAGACUAUGAAGAGAAACUGGCUGACCAGGCUUUGAGGACCAUGGAAAACUACGUAGCCCAGUUCAGCGAGAUUAAGGAGAGAAUUGCCAAGCGGGGCCGGAAACUCGUGGACUAUGACAGUGCCCGACACCAUCUGGAGACGGUACAGAACACCAAGAAGAAAGAUGAGACCAAGACUGCCAAGGCAGAGGAAGAGUUCAACAAAGCCCAGGCUGUGUUUGAAGACCUGAACCAGGAACUACUGGAGGAGCUUCCGAUUCUUUAUAACAGUCGAAUUGGCUGUUACGUGACCAUCUUCCAAAACAUUUCCAACUUGAGGGAUGUCUUCUACAGGGAAAUGAGCAAGCUGAACCACAACCUCUACGAUGUGAUGAGCAAACUGGAGAAACAACAUUCCAACAAAGUCUUUGUGGUGAAGGGCCUAUCAAGCAGCAGCAGGCGUUCUCUGGUCAUUUCCCCUCCAGUUCGCACAUCCACGGUGUCCAGCCCUGUCACCUCACCAACCAGCCCCUCUGCGCUUUCCUUGAAGAGUGAGAGUGGGGCUCUCUCAGCAGCUGAAGAAGAGCUAGCACCUGAGGCAGCCCACGAAGAAGACACUCCUGAGGUCGAAGAAAAGCCUUUAGAAGACAAGGAAGUAGAGAAGAAAGGGUCUGAGGCAAGUUCCUCUGAAGAGGAAGAGCCUCUGCCAACCUGCAAUGGCCCAGCCCAGGCCUCUCCCGCCAUUGAGGAUGGCAAGUCCCAGGAGGAAGUUUUCCCUUGCUCUCCGACUCCAUCACCAAACAAAGCCUCGGUUCCCUCGGAGCUGCCAUCAUCUCACCCAGAAGUAGUCCUCCGAAGCCGCACCACCAGUGAGGGGUCUGAACAAGCAAAGAAGAAUCCCUCUGUCCAGAGGACCUCAGCACCCCCCAGCAGGCCACCUCCACCCAGAGCCACGCCCAGCCCCAGGCCCACCUCAGGGAGCAUGCCCCCUAGCCCUCCAGCCUCUGGAGGGGGGUCGCCUUCCAGCCCCAGGGCCUUCUCGGGGACCGGGACGCCAAGUCCUAGGGCCUCUUUAGAGGUCCCUCCUAAUCCAGAGCCACCAGAGAAGCCAGUCAGAACUCCUGAAGCCAGAGAAGAGGAAAACACCCACAAUCUGAGCUCAGAACUUUGCACCUCCCCCACCUCAGCCACCCCUCAGGUUGUUUCAGAGCCUAGAGAGGUAAAGAAAACGGAAGACAAGGAAGAGAACGAUAUGCUUACCUCAGCUGACUCCCCUGAGGGCCAAGACCUUCAGUUUCAAGUCUCUGCGGUUCCAGAAGAGAGUAAUCUCACAGCACCUGAGCCUCAAGAAGAGGCGCGGGUCCCGGCCUUCCGGCCCCCUCCUGACACCUGGCGGAUGGCCCCUCCCCAGCUCCGCGCCGUGGAGCCCCAGGACACCUGUUGUCGCGCUUUGGCGAAACUGGGUCCGCAGCUGCUUUGCCUGGCUUUGCUCCACCCUCCAGGCCAGGAGCCCCUGGGGAAGCCAGAAGAGGAAGUGCGACAAAGCCUCGGGGAACGCCGGCGCCAAGGGCUGACCCCGGAUCCCCGGCGUCUCUAG